UAUAGCGUCCUUGCCCAUUAUCAUAGAUCAUUAGAAAGUCUCUUGAAAAUUCAAUAAGCGUGAAAUAAAUAAACAUACAUGUAACACAUCAAGCAAAGAAGAUUUAUUAACCUGAAAAAUGCAUACCAUGUUCUUUCUGGACGAACAUUUGUGUGGAAGGUAAACUCAGAUUAUUUUCUUAAAACGCAGAUGAAGAAAAUUAUUUUGAAAACAUUUAAAGUUAACUAUUAUAAAAGACUGUCAAAAUGUGAACUAAUUAAUCACAAAAUGGAAUUAACUGUGUUGAUCUUAUCUGGAUAUUUUUUCUAUGAGUGUGGAGGACUACAAAUUUCUCUUUCAAAUCAGUAUUAUGGAAACGUAAAAAUAGACGGAAGUUUUGUUUGUGGUGGAGAGAAUGUUUUCUCAUACAAAGAGGCCACCAUGCUAUGUCGCCAUCUUGGAUUUUCUGGAGGCGUACCAUUGCCGAGUGGCAAGAUGGAGGUAUCGUUUCCAAUCGGAAUAAAGUGUUCUGGCAACGAAUCUUCCAUAACUCAGUGCAAUACCUCGAGUUUACUUUGUCCGUCCGCCAGUGCGUGGGAAGAAGAAAAGACUGGAGUAGCACGAAUUUUGUGCUAUGAAAAUGGCGGGGAAAGUGAAGGAAAAGUGAAUCUUAAAUCAGGUUUUGGUCGGGUGACAGUUAGUCAGUUUGGACUUAGUGCUUCCGUUUGCGCAGACUCGUGGACAGACACAGAGGCUUUCGUUACGUGCAAAAUGUUUGGAUUUAAAAAUGGAAUAGCGUUUGAUAUAAACAAGAGUGCUCGAGAUGAAUUCGUACUCUUUGGUAAAGUCACGUGUUUCGGCAAUGAGUCGUCCUUUUUCGACUGUUACUCACAGGGCACGGAAUGCAGGGAAUCGUACGCUGUGAAUGCAGGGGUUCUUUGUUACAACAAAUAUGCACCAUACAUUCAGUUCAAUGGAGAACUCGGACUGUACGAAGUCGUGAUUGACAACUACACCGUGAUGUAUUGCUCGCAGACGCACUUCUAUCCUCCAAGUGCGCACGCGCCACAUACAGACAACCCUAAUAAUGCUAUACCGUGCGGAAACAUCGUUAUUUUAGAUCACAAAAUAAGAAAAACAGCUGACAGCACGGGAGUAUCUUUCCCUCAGAGAAAACUCUGCAAAGCACAAGCGACGCCCAGAUAUAAUUGUAUAGGAGGCUGGAGAUACAGUUCCGAAUGGAAAAAGAAACAUCCCGAAAGUUUUAUGUGCGGGAAACCUUGGGUUUCCUCGGGAACAUUGUUUACAUGCUAAUAUUACGCAAUUACUUUAAAACAUAUGAUGGAAAGUAAAUUUACAUACACGUAUUCAUAAUGCAUAUUUUUAAAACUAAAACUUCGCUAUGUUGUGUAUAAUUUGGUUACUGUAAUAUCACAUAUUUUCGUAGGGUCAAUUUUUCGUAGUUUUAGUAAAAACUCUUGGUUCGUGGAGAUUUGAAUUCGUGGAUGAAGAAUUGUUGAGUAGUUAUGUAUUUGAGUAUUUAACAUUCCUGGUGGAUAUAAAUUCGUGGGUCUCUUCAUACAUCGAAAAUUAAACCCCCACGAAAAUUUUUGAUUCCAAAGUACUCUCCUUUUUUUUCUUCAAAUUUUUAAUCUUUGGUAAUUAUGAUAAUUGUUAUUUUUAAAAAGUAUGUGCAACAUUAAGUUUUCAUACCGUGUCCAUUUGCAUAAAAGCAUGAUACAGAAGAUUACAUUUUGUGUAUAGAUCAUUUUUUAAAUGAACAACAAACCAUUUUAGAUGUUUUAUAAUUUUUUUUUAAGUUUAGCUUCUUUAAUAUAAGAUUACCUCCUACAUGUCAAAUAUCCACAAUAUUCACCAAAUGGGAAACAACAUAUUAAAAAAACAGUACUAGUGGUGUCUUCUAGUCAUCAUUUGGGAAGAACGGAACUCUGUGCCGUAUGAUAUUGCUCCAUACCAAGGAUUUUUCCAUUUACGUGACCCAUAAACUCCAUUUAAAUAGACGUUA